UUCUCACCACAAAUUUUUCUUUCCCAUUCUUUCCCAGGAUUUCCCCUUUUCCCGAGAAAAUAAUUUCUCGUUCUCGGCCUGAUCGGUUUUGGUUUCUGAAUCGAUUCUUUCUCCUCUGUAGCUAUGGGAGUAGCUGUUCUUCAUUCUCAUGAUGUCCUGAAGGGCCCUUUCUCCAGAAAUCCCUUGUUUCCUCAUGGGAAAUAUCCUCGUAACCCUAAAGCUUGCCCCAACAAGCAGACGAAGCCGCAACCAAACAACCGCCGUCGCCGAAGUCCGCCACGCCCUCUGGCCGGGAGUCCUCCUCCGGCGGCUCAUCCUCUACCGCCUCAUGUGGUAAACGGUGUCGUACCGAAGGGUUUGAAGAAGAAGAUCCACAACAACAACAACAACAACAACAACAGCAACCAUCUGGUUGUCGGACAGAUAAGAAUCCUCAAGCGCGGCGAGGUAGUUGCCAAGACGGUAACGGAUCUGGCGGUUGAGGAUUCAGAUCUGGGAACUACUCGCCGGAUCGGACCAGAUCCAGAGAAUGUGCCGACACAGAUCCGUCUCUCCGACGCGAAAUCGAUUCCGGCCUCGUUCUACGCCGGUUCUGUCACGUUGACCUCUCCGCCUCCAAGCGAUGUCCCGCUUCCGGCCUUCACGAAGAAAAGCGUCUCCAUGUUCAAAGCCGGCGACGCGACUAACGAUCUGAUCAGGAUCCUUCGUCUGGAGAUCUGACAAGCCCCCUCUCCGAUCAUAUUAGAUGAAGUAUUCGGUGAUCUUAUGUCACAUCUCUGCCGCCGUGCUUCCUAUCUACGAUCGUCUGAUAGCUCCUGAAGACCGGUGGAUGAUGAAACUUCCGGUGACGACACUCGAACGUGUUUCGAAUCUUCCCUUAUUUUUUCAAGGGGAAGAUAGAAAUUUAGUUUCAGAGUUAGUAUUGGCUAGUGUUUGCUUUGUGCAUAGGCUAUGGAUUGUCUCUUUUCUUUGGGGUUUCUUAGGGUUUAGUUAUAAGUGAGAAUGUGUGGGUGUAAUUUAGGUGCGAAAGCGAAAGGGAUCUGCGUAGUUUGGUGAAGACGAAGCUCUGUUUAGGUUUCUGUACCCCUCGCCAGUAUCUCAUCCUGUAUCGUCUUCCUUAUUAUCUGUAAACAAUGGAAAUGUUAGGCUUUACUUUUGAA